CAUAUUGACCAAUCAUAUCCCUCGGAAUUAUUAACUCCGCAUAUCUAAAUAGGAAGACGGCCGACCAUUGCGAAAGAGAGUUGGGCCUCGUAACAUUUCGAAAGGCAGUUUUCUUCAAGUUCCGUGAAGAUGGGGUUCGAGACAUGUGGUCCGAACGAAGUAAUGGUAGUUUCAGGAUGUUGCCAUUCAGGGUCACAAUUCAUUCCUGGUGGUCGUGUGUUUGUCUGGCCCGUCAUUCAGAAAUUACAAAGGCUUUCAUUAAAUACGAUGACCCUGCAGAUUGAUAGUGCUAAUGUAUACACACAAUUAGGUGUUGCAAUAUCAGUGACAGGAAUUGCUCAGGUCAAAAUCCAAGGUUCAAGUAAAGAGAUGUUGGAGUCAGCUUGUGAAUUGUUCCUGGGUAAAACAGAGCAUGACAUUGAGAGGGUGGCCUUGGAAACCCUUGAAGGUCAUCAGAGAGCCAUCAUGGGAAAUAUGACAGUUGAGGAAAUCUAUAAGGAUCGUAAGAAGUUUUCGAAGGCUGUGUUUGAGGUUGCUUCAUCAGACUUGGUCAACAUGGGUAUCUGUGUAGUGAGCUAUACCUUGAAGGACAUCCGGGAUGAUAAGAGAAGUGAAGAAAAUGACGAUAUAACGGGCUACCUGAAGUUCCUGGGUAUGGCACAGACUGCUACAGUGAAGAGAGAUGCCCGUAUGGGAGAAGCUGAGGCCCGCAUGGAUGCCGGAAUUAGGGAAGCUAAUGCAGAGGAGAAGAGAAUGGCUGCCAGGUAUUCCACAGAUAUUGAUAUAUCUAAAUCACAGAGAGAUUUCGAGUUGAAGAAAGCUGCUUAUGAUAUGGAGAUCCAGACCAAAAAAGCCCAAUCUGAUUUGGCCUAUGAACUGCAGGCUGCAAAAACCAAACAAGCAAUCAAAGAAGAAGAUAUGCAAGUCAAAGUCAUUGAGAGAACUCAGCAAAUUCAGCUACAGGAACAGGAAAUCACCCGUCGUGAGAGAGAACUGGAGGCCACAGUCCGCAAACCAGCUGAUGCUGAGAAGUACAGGCUAGAAAAAAUGGCCGAGGCCAACAGAACCAGGGUUAUCUUGGAAGCAGAGGCUGAGGCCGAAUCCAUCAAGGUGAAGGGAGAGGCUGAAGCUUUUGCUGUGGAGGCCAAGGCCAAGGCGGAGGCAGAACAGAUGGCCAAGAAGGCCGAUGCCUGGAAGGACUACCAGGAUGCUGCCAUGGUUGACAUGAUCCUGGAAACUCUUCCAAAGGUUGCUGCUGAGAUAUCAGCACCUCUGUGCAAUGCUAAGAAGAUCACCAUGGUGUCCAGUGGUAAGGGAGAGGUGGGUGCCGCCAAACUGUCAGGAGAGGUCCUGACGCUGAUGGAGAAGAUGCCACACAUGGUGGAGAAACUGACAGGAAUAGACAUCACCAAGAACAUCAAGGCUGCCACCAGACGAUAAAAGAGUUGGAGAGGAGACUGCUUGUCAACUCCUGUUUUAUAUUAACCUCAUGUGCAUGUCACUAUAGACUAUAGACUACGUAUAUUGCUAGGACAAUAUCACCUACAGACUGAAUACUUGUUGUAAAAUACUGAAGUACAAUACACUUAUCAUGUCACCCAUCCAUCAGUAUGUAUGUACAUCAUGUAUAGGAUACUCCAGGAACUAAGCUGAUUUUCUAUUAAAAUAAUUUUGUUUCUUGUUGUACUGUAAUUUAAUCAUUGGCAGCUUGUGUAUUUAUUAUGCCUUCUUUUUUUUUUUUUAUCUGUGAAGUUUGCAUACAGCAUCAUCAGACACUAAAGAUUACAUCUAGUCAAAGUGAUCAAGGUGCAUGUAUUACUAGACAUGUACUGUGGAAAAAGUAUGGCAAAUAAAAUGCUCUGAAAUUUAUAUUCUGAAAUACAGAUUUUCAGAUCUCUGCAUAUUUUGACUCUAGCAUAGUUUAUAAAUUCCUUAAAUGAGCAUUAAAUAGUGUUCUCUUGCAGGGAUUGACAGUAAGAUUGGAAAGUAUUUUGUAACAACUCUCCCCCACCCCCAUGAAGCAUCUUAUACUUUCGAGUGUGGUUAAAGUAAAAAAAAAAAAAAAUCAUUAUUUGCAGAGAACCGUGAACAUAGUUUUGAUUUUUGUUGCUUCUGAAAGGGGACUGCAUCCUUUAAAGGUGAUUUGUUUCUGUACAUUUUGGAUGGAUUUAGAAUUUCUAUAAUUUAUUUCAGGUGAGCUGUAGUACCCGGUAUUAUCUAAUGCCAUGGAACUUUUGUUUUUAUACAUUUUCUUUUUUAAAUCAAUUUAUUGGCAGACUUGCCUUCAUAAACUUUGAAUUCUAAAACAGUUUAUUUUCACUUUGCCAUUUUAAAGUUACCAAUCAAUAUUGGGUUGUUUUAACAUCAAUGUAACACAUUACAAACUGCGUUUCUGACCAGUAGAGAUUUUAUUAUAGAUUUGUAUUUGUGAGUGAAGGUUGAACUUUGCCUUGGUAUUUUAAAUGCUCAAAUAUUUUCGUUUUACUACAAUGUAAGUGAUUAAACAGUUCAUUAAUGUUUAGAAAGUUUCAGAAUCAUCUGUGUACCAAGUUUUGAUGGGUACUGAUAUACAUCCUUUUUGUCAUUUAAUUCUUACUAGAAAUUUAUUGUUGUGAGGUACUGAAAGUAGUAUCAGACCUCCAAAUAUUGAAAUACAGUUGUCUGCAUUCAUCCUUGAGAAAUAAUCACUUGGAAGUUGUAGCCCCAAUAUCACAUUCAGCUGUGGGUGUGUAAUCACAUAUAUAAAAAAUUCAGACUGUUAUAAAUUUCUGAACAACAUUGUACAUUAUUUAAAUCAUGUAUGUUUUUGUACUUUGUAGUAUGUUUUAUCAUCAAUAAAUCCUAACUGUUA